GUACUUUUCCAGUCGUUCGUUAAACUCUGUCCGGUUGGUGGACAAAUAUUCAGUACUAAAUUUGAAAUCCAUUUGCUAAAUUGCAAGCUGCAGCUAGCAAAUUACAAUUUCAUUCGCUGAUUAUCGCGAUUUAUGGCUGGAUCAUGGGGACCAAGCAAAGCCUUCAUACGACGGAGGAAAAAGAGGAACAGCAGUAGACGAUGGGCGUUAUUGACUAAACGAACACAGACCAUUCCAGAACCAAACACAGAAAUACAACAUGACAAGUGUGAAUCGAUUAGGAAAACCAGCCCAGACCAGAUUGAAGACGCCCAUUUAAAGACCGCACAAAAAUGGGUUCCUUUACUGGAUGUGCGGUGGCUGCUGAGUGCGGUUUGCAGUGCAUAUCAAGUCUCCAAGAACCAACUGUGUCAGGUGUUUACUGGAUUUGUGAAUGCCAUAUUCUUUUGGAGAAGUUACACUCAACAAAUAAAGACUCUUCAAAAUCAAAUGGCGGACUUGCAGAAGGAGAUGGGAGCCUUGCAUUCUACUCUCCAGGAGAAAGGUGCUGCCCAGACUGUUUGUCAGUGCCACGGCACUUUGGUUGGUGGUCCACUUCCUUUAGAGCUCCCACCCCAUUCUCCUCCUUCAUCAUCUCUGAUGUUGGCCUAUGGAUCCAGUGUGGAUCCAAUUCUCACACCGCCCGCUCCACCACCACCUCCUCCUCCCCCACCACCACCACCGCCUCCUCCUCCGUCUAUCACUGUCCUGCAACCCUUCGUUGCUAAAAGGACAGUGUCCUCCAAUAGUCUACAGAUCGCUAAGGAAAAGCAGGAUACACUUGUUGCUGUGACUGUCAGGGACUUGCAGGCUGUCAAACUGAAAAAAGUUGUCCCACGCAACAGCCGAAAAGUUAAAUCUCCAGAGAAGAUGCGAACCCCUCUGGUCACUUUAGCAGACCUGCAAACAGUGCGUCUGAAACGCUCUCACAGUGACCUGUUCCCAAAAGUCCGUUUCAGCAUCAGCAGAACACCAAAUCGAAGCCCUAUGAAUUUGCGCCCACCAUUGAAGAGAGUUUAUAUCAACAGGAGUCCCGGUGGAACUCCACUGCUCAAUAAGGAAAACAUGGAGACAGGGACAGGCCUCACACCCAUCAUGACCCAGGCUCUGAGGCGCAAGUUCAAGAGUGCUUUGCCAAGAGGACCCUCUCCAACAUCUACAAAUGAAAGCUUUGAUGACGAUUGAAUAGAGGUUUUCUCAAGACGUGGCUGGCAAUUUGGAUAAGGUGGGAAGGAUGUGUAUGAAUGGUUAAAAGCAACUAUGUCCUUGAAAGAGGAAAGGGUGUUUCUUGAGAAUUGUCUCUUUGACACUUGCACAAUGCAUUUGCACAAUUUCCUUAUGCUUGCUUGCUUAUACACUGCAGAAUUGUGCAAUAUGGUGAGGAUGAAAUAUUUGUACUGAAUAGUGGCUUGCAUCUUUGCAAAAUGUUUUAGCCAAGCAGAGUUUCGAUGAUGACUGCUUUCUUAAUACAUUUGUGAAAUAAUCAAAUUUUGCAAUUAAAUAUCUGGUUUAAAGGGCUGACAAAAAACCAUACACAUUGUGGUAAAACUUUUUUGUUGAGUUAACUAAACUCACAACUGAGUGAAUUACAGAGUUCAUUUUCAUUUAUUAAGUGUUAAGGAUAUUUUGUGAGGUAAUCACUAUAAAUGGUAUGUGAGGGAACGUGUUAAAAUCAGCUUGUGAGCCAUUUUAUAUGAUUGUUAUGUGCGUCUUUUAUCUGUCCUGUACCCUGAAAAGCUUAUUGCAGUAUUUCUCAUGUUACUGUAACCAAAGAAAACUGUUUACAUCUACAUGUAUUUUCCUUUUUAACGUCUCAUAACUACUAUUGUGCCUUUUUUACAACAUAAUAAAAUGUCUGUUACAA